AUGUGUGGCUGCAGAACAAGUGUUCCCAGUAUGAAGCAGAACUCAGUCAGUCAGCCAGCUCCUGCUUCCACCAAAAAAGGCCCUCCAGCUGCUGCAGGCAUGCCCAAGGGCGUACCCAUUGCCAAGCAGCUGGCAUCAAUAAAAGCUCUACGAAAAGGCUCAGACCUUGAAAAGGCUUUUGCCACAGCAGCUUUGGUGUAUAACAAUUAUGCUGAUCCUGAGAGCAAGCUCAGCAAAUCUGAAACCAAGAGCUUACUGCAGUCCCAGUUCUGGCAUUUCAUACAGGGCCAAGAAAACAAACCAAAAUACCAGGAAAUAAUUUCUUCCUUGGAUGAAGAGUCAGAGAACAAAAUUAAUUUUGAAGAUUUCAUGAUCAUGUUAGUCAGUCUCACUCUAAUGUCUGACCUGCUGCAGGAGAUCAAAAAUGUGAAAAUUACAAAAUGAUCUGUGAUUUUAAAGAAGAAAUUGCCUGGCACCAUAUGAGGAAAGCAUGAGUGAGGUACACACAGAUACCACUGUGUGCCUGGAUACCCAGUGCUUGUCCUUUUUAAAUGGAAUAAAGUUGUGUCCAAACC